AUGUAUGUGAAAUGGUUUGGUACAGUAAUGUUAUACAAUGUGAUUUUAGUGAAUGUCACUUUUUGUCAUUUUCAAAUCUCCCGCCGUUCGUCCCCCAUACGACACGAUGCUCGCAGGGAACGGAACCCAGAAGACAGAUGCCGGGAUCCGCCGGAGUACAUUGCAGGGGACACUGCAGGAGGGACAUCGCGGGAGCGCAGGACAAGGUAAGUGACCGAGGAAUCCCGGAGCAGCGCCGCAUGGUAUUCCUGAGUGUAGCUCGGGGUUACUGCUUUUGCUACACUCGGGAAUACCACCAGGGGGGU